GGAGGAGCGGGCGGCGGCGCUCGGCCGCCAGCUUGGGUCUGCCGUUGUAGCAGCCCUGAGGGCAGCGUGGCGCGGGGCUGCUCCCGUCUGCUCUGCCCCUGGGGACCUCAGGUGGUGAGCCUGGGCAGCCCCCCUCGGCGUCCGGCCUCCGCGCUAGUCUCUCGUUCCCUCGGAGCUCCGCAGGGAGCUGCAUCUUUGCCGAAGCCUCACGGAAAGCAUCUCCGCUACUCCUUGGUGGCUCGCCCUGCGAGAGUUUGCUUUUAACGGUGUCCUAUUUUUCUUGACUGUGACAAAAUCUGCUUUGGAGGUGUGUUUACAAUGACUACAACCGCAGAGCGGAGGUUCAUUAAUCUCAGGAAACGUCUAGAUCAGCUGGGCUACCGGCAACCGUUGGGAGUGGAGAGUUUACCUUUGGUGGAAAAGCUUUUUAGGUAUUCAGCAGGAGAUUCAUUUAAAAACAUAGUAAUAAUAUACGACCUAGUUCAUACGACUGAGAGCUUGCGCAGUGCAAAGUUAUCUGCUGGAAAAACUGAAAAAGAAUGCAGCAAUUAUGAUGCUAUUUUGGAACCUUAUAAAACAGAGAAUGCUAAACUUACCAGGAAAAAUAAUGAACUGCAUUUAGAAAUAUUAAAACUGAAAGAGCAAUCUGAUCGUCAUGUUAAAGAUUUGAAAGCCUCCUUAAGGAGAGUUGAACAUGAAACGGCUGACUUGAAAUUUCUGAAUAACCAAUAUGUACACAAAAUUAAAAUGCUGGAAAAAGAGAACAAAGCCAAGACUGAAAAAAUUCAGCAGCUUCAAGAGAAGAAUCUGCAAGCAGUAGUGCAAACACCUGGUGGCAGAAAAAGAAGCAUUCCCUUCAGGCGUCAGCGCAUGCAGAUAGACCAGCCCGUCCCCCCAUCAGGUGUUAGCGCCUAUCCAGUUCCUCAGCCAGAGGACCCUUAUGUCGCAGACCUUCUUCAGGUGGCUGAUAAUCGAAUUCAUGAACUUCAGUCAGAAGUAACAGAGCUACAGGAAAAACUGGAGAUAUCUGAACGUGGAAUGAAAAAUUAUAGCAAACAGGUUGAGCUAAGAGACAAAGAAAUAGAGCGCCUAGUGCUAGCAUUGGAUGGUGGGCGUUCUCAUGAGGUUAUCUCUCUGGAAUCAAGAAGUAAAAGUAAUGAGAAGCUUAUUGCCCAUUUGAAUUUGCAGGUUGAGUAUCUUCAACAAACAAACAAAGAACUUGAAAAUCGCAUUCGAGACCUCUUGGACACUAAACAAAAUGUGACUAGUGAGGUAGUGCAUUUAAGCAAUAAAAAUGAAGAACUGUGUCAAGAACUGAAUGAAAUAGACCACUUGGCACAGCAGUUGGAAAGACACAAGGAAAUUGUGCUUGAGACUGCAGAUAAGGAAAUAGGAGAAGCAAAGAAAGAAAUUGAAAGAAAACACAGUGAAAUACAGGAUCUUGAAGAAACAGUAACAAGGCUUAAAUCAGAGUUGUGCUCGUGUCGUAGGGAGAAUGAGAGACUGAGUGAAGAACUCUUUGGAAAAGCAGAUGAUAAAGAGAAUCUUGAACUGUUGUUAAACCAGCUUGAACAAGAGAAACAAAGGCUGACAGAAAAAACAGAGAACUUAGAAAUAAAAGAACGAGAACUUGUCCUAGAAAUAGAAAGAAUGAGACUAGAAUAUGGCAUAGCCCUAGGGGACAAAUCUCCAUCUCGUCUAGAUGCAUUUGUGAAGACUUUAGAAGACGACAGAGAUUAUUAUAAGCGAGAAUUAGAAUAUCUUCAGAAAAUGAUAAAACGAAGGCCUAGCCCAAGCCGUAGGACUUCAGAGAAGAGUGAAGAUCUUAGACUGAUCACCAGAGAAAGAGAUGAGCUACGGUCCAUGUUAGACAGAUUUGAAAAACACAUGAUAGAAAUUCAAUCCAAUGUCAAGUUAUUGACUGCAGAAAGAGAUAGAUUAAAUGUUCUUUAUGAGCAGUCUCAGGCUGAACUGAACAGGUUGAGAAGAGAAGCAAAGCAUAGUUUAGUUUCUCAGAGUCACAUGGAAGAAGAAAGAGACAUUGCACUGACUGACUUUAGAAGACUAAUGGCAGAAAAAGAGAGCCUCAGAGAAAAAUUAAAGAUUCAGCAAGAAACGGCUAACCUUGAAAAAUCAAAGAUGCAGCAUGAUAUUUCAGAACUGGAGAACAAUAUUCAAGGACUUGAGAUGGAAAGGUGUGAACUAAAGACUACAGUCUCUAUCCUAAAAGACAGAAUAACCUCUUUGGAAAAUGAAUUAAAAUUGAAGUCCAGUAAACUUGCCCAGACAUCUGAUGAUUCUUCUCAAUUUAAAGCUGAGAUUUGCUCACUUCAGCUCUUAAAUGACCGACUGCAGAGGUCUGUUGAAGAUUUACAGCACCGACUGUCCCUCAAAAAGGAUGAACUGCAGUCAGCUCAAGGAGAAAUUGUAAAGCUAGAGGAGGAACUAGAUAGGUUAAACCAGAGGAGCACUUCCCAGGAUGAAGCAGUUAAUGUGCUUAGAAGUACUAUUACUGUUUUGGACAAAGAAAAGGACAGUCUUCAAGAAACCGUAGAUGAAAAAACGGAAAGAAUUGCAUGCUUAGAUGACAACUUAGCUAACAAGGAAAAAACAAUUAAUCAUUUACGUCUAACUCUCUCUGAGCUGGAGUCCUCAACAGACCAGAUGAAGGACAUGCUGAGCAACAGAGACCGCGAGAUAUCUAGCUUACAUCACCAGCUUGAUGCAUCCCACGUAGAGCUUGCAGAAACUGGAAGAGUAAAGGAAAUGGCUCUGAAAGAAAACAGACGAUUGCAAGACGACCUAGCUACAAUGGCCAGAGAAAACCAGGCUAUUAGUACUGAGCUUGAAGAUGCAAUACGUGAAAAAGAAGAAAUGAAAACCAGGGUUCAUAAUUAUAUAACUGAAGUGUCCAGAUUUGAGACCUUGAUGGCUUCAAAGGAAAAAGAAAACCAAGAAUUGUUAGAGAAGUUCCGAAUGCUCCAUACACAAGCUGAAGACUGGGAAAUAAAGGCUCAUCAAGCUGAAGGAGAAAGCAGCUCAAUACGACUGGAACUCCUUUCUGUAGAUACAGAUCGGAGACAUCUUCGAGAGAGAGUAGAACUUCUGGAAAAAGAGAUUCAAGGGCAUAUCGUUGCACAUCAAGCAUAUGAAUCUCAGAUCUCCUCCAUUACAAAAAAUAUGUCCAAAUUGGAAGAGGAUGUUAAGCGUGAAAAUCAGGACAAGUCUUCUGUGUUGGCGGACCUGGCUUCUGUGAGGGAACUCUGUGUGAAGCUUGAGUCUAACAAAGAACUUUUAUCUCGACAGCUGACAUCCAAAAGCAUGGAUUAUGAAAGGGUUCUAGGUGAAUUAGAAGAUAUAAAAUCAGAAGCAGAGUUGCUGAAAAAGCAGUUAUCCAGUGAGAGACUUACAGUUCAGAAUCUUGAAACAUUGCUGGCUACUAGUAGAGACAAAGAAUUUCAGAACCAUUUAACAUCCCAUGAGAAAGAUUCGGAAAUUCAGUUAUUGAAAGACAAGCUAACACUCGCUGAGAGCAAACUCAUAUGCCUGUCUCUGAAGGACUUAUUCUAAGAUAUCAUCGAGACCUCUUGUCUUCUGCAUCCGUUCUCAACAUACUGGAUCAAGAUACCAUUCUAGGAAUUUUACUGAUGAAUAGGGAACACAAUUUAAAAAUAAUCUGCGGUUCUUUUUGGAUCGAAUCUCGAGUAGUUUUCAUCUUCCUGGAGUCAGAGACGAGCAGGUGCCAGACAAGAAGUCUGUGACUGAGCUAGGAGUGGAACUUAUUUUUCAGAAUUCAAGUCCAGUGCUUUAGCAAUAAACUAGUACACCUUUGCUUCUCCAGAAGUGACUUUUGAGCACUCCACCUCAUAUUGGCUUUGAAGACUCUAUGGAAUAACAUAGCUGUCUAGAUUCUGGUUUAGACAACUUAUUGUACACUCAAUGAUUUUUUUUUUUUGCUUGCUUUAUAAUGCAAUUAAUGGUGUUUUGCAACCAAGCAUUGAGUUGUCCAAGUUGACGAUUUCCUAUGAAAUAUAUUUAAUUAUAUUACUUAAGAUUUUCAAGGCUGAUUUUCAUUCUGAUUCUUGCAGUUGAAAUAGUUGGGUGCAAAUACUAAGAGUAUAGUUGACAAGCUUUCAGACUCUGCGUUUUGCUGGUCUGAACUUUCAUUAAUACAGCUCUUACUUAGUUUUGAUUCAGUUGUAUUCAUUGACAGAUAGUUCCAGCCUACUUGAUAGAAUUUCUACUGAAGCCAUAUCUGUUAUAUUUGUAUUUUUUGUGGAUAGUUACUGCUGUUUUUCUUCUAAGUGUACAUAUAAAGACCAUCUUGCAUUGCAACAGAGGAAAGUAAAUCAAUAAAUCAAUGAUUUAAUUGUUUUGUCUGUUUUUAUAAAACAUGUUUCUCUUUACCUUUGUCUGAAAAAGAGCAUGAUGUAUUGUAGUAAGGAUGUAGUGAGAGGCUUGCCAGCUUCUCACUUCUUUCUCACCUUAGGCUCUUCCAGAAACAUUCUGUUGCAUUCAUUUGGUUUUUGCUGCCUCUCAUUUGUCUUUGAUUUGAUCUGUGUGAAAAAAGAUGUUCAGUAUCUAUUUUUGUCUUAUUUUGCUCCAAUUCGUCUAAGCUCUUAGCUGACAGUGUUCAAAGAAAACUUUGUUGCUUCUCAUGAU